GAAAUUCACAAGAAGAAGGAGUCUGUCUCUCACUGACGUCAAUGCAGGACUAGGUUGCGCCAUUUUGAAAGUACAAGCAGGGAGGGGGAAAUUUUGCAAGCAAGCAGCCAGCUAAACAAGAGGCUUUGCAAGUUGUUCCAAGGGAGAGUUGCUGUUUGUCAAAGCACUGCUAAGCAAGAUAAGUGACAUGAGAAGUUGAAGAAUAGUAGGGGGAAAGCCACACACUCUGUAGCUUUACGAUUCACCUGCACUCAUCGAGAUUCUGCUUGUACACACCCUAGCACGGUAAACUGGAAAGAUAAGCAAGGGCCCCAACCAAGGCAAGCCCUCCUCGACAGAGAUUCCCUCUCCACCAUGGCAGGAGCUGGCGGCGGAGGCAAUGAUGUGCAGUGGUGUUUCUCUCAAGUCAAAGGAGCGAUUGAUGACGAUGUGGCUGAAGCUGACAUCAUAUCCACUGUGGAAUUCAAUCACUCUGGGGAGCUACUAGCCACUGGGGACAAGGGGGGCCGCGUUGUGAUCUUUCAGCAGGAGCUAGAGAGCAAGAACCAGCCACAGUGCCGUGGGGAGUACAAUGUUUACAGCACCUUCCAGAGCCACGAGCCCGAGUUCGACUACCUGAAGAGCCUUGAGAUCGAGGAGAAGAUCAACAAGAUCCGGUGGCUGCCUCAGAAGAACGCUGCACAGUUCCUCUUGUCCACAAAUGAUAAAACUAUAAAGCUGUGGAAAAUCAGUGAACGGGACAAGCGACCAGAGGGGUACAACCUCAAGGAAGAGGAUGGGCGCUACAGAGACCCCACUACCGUCACAACACUACGGGUCCCAGUGUUUCAGCCGAUGGACCUGAUGGUUGAGGCCAGCCCCAGGCGAGUGUUUGCUAAUGCACACACCUACCACAUCAACUCCAUCUCGGUCAACAGUGACUGUGAGACCUACUUGUCUGCUGAUGACCUUCGCAUCAAUCUCUGGAACCUAGAGAUCACUGACCGCAGCUUUAACAUUGUGGACAUCAAGCCAGUCAACAUGGAGGAGCUGACAGAGGUGAUUACAGCAGCAGAGUUCCAUCCAAACCAGUGCAACACAUUUGUCUACAGUAGCAGCAAGGGCACCAUCCGCCUCUGUGACAUGAGAGCAUCAGCUCUCUGUGACCAGCACUCCAAACUGUUUGAAGAGCCUGAAGAUCCAAGCAAUCGUUCAUUCUUCUCUGAGAUUAUCUCUUCCAUCUCUGAUGUCAAGUUCAGCCACAGUGGGCGCUACAUGAUGACCCGGGACUACCUGUCCGUCAAAAUCUGGGACCUCAACAUGGAGUCCCGUCCAGUAGAGACUUAUCAGGUCCAUGAAUACCUCAGGAGUAAACUGUGCUCACUCUAUGAGAACGACUGCAUCUUUGAUAAGUUUGAGUGCUGCUGGAAUGGAAACGACAGUGUUGUGAUGACGGGCUCAUACAACAACUUCUUCAGGAUGUUUGACCGAGGCUACCGGCAGGAUGUGACCCUGGAGGCGUCUCGGGAGAGCAGUAAGCCUCGUUCUGUGCUCAAGCCCCGCAAGGUGUGCACAGGUGGGAAGCGCAAGAAGGACGAGAUCAGUGUAGACAGCCUGGACUUUAACAAGAAGAUCCUCCAUACGGCCUGGCACCCUCAGGACAACAUCAUCGCCGUGGCCACCACUAACAACCUCUAUAUAUUUCAGGACAAACUGUAACAAAUAUUCAAUGAACCCUUCAUGUCCCAGAUCCCACUUUAGCCUCGCUACUCUGGUCCCCAACUUCUCAACUGGAGAAGUGCAGCAAAACGCCUCUGUUUUGAUGGCUUUCUUAGUCUUAUUUCCUGUUCAGGGGGCUCCAACAGUACCACACUUCUUCUGCCACAUUGCAACUGUUGUCCACUACAUCCCAAAGGGAACACAUUUUUAACACUAGUCUUUGAAAUAUUGAUAUGUUGCUAAUUUAACGGUUUUGGUGCCACAAGCAUUUUUUAUAUAUACAAGCAUUUUUUUCUUUUGAUAGGAAGUUGUUCCCUCCCACCCCUCCGUCGUUGACACAGAUCACAACAUUGCUAUUCUUCACUGACCAAAUUGACAAGCUGACAGCUCUCAAUUUUUGUCCCAGGCCAUUUGUCAAAUUUCCAAGUUUGCUCACCCUCUUUAACAUACAGUACACACUUACUCUAAACAUUGAUUUAGACACGUAUACACACACACAAUAGCUCAACUCAGUUGGUGGGCUGGGUUGGGGUCUGGGGGUAAUUUCGAGACAACUAUGUAGAAUAUAGAGUUAGCCAGUCUGAGACUACAGACGAGGGUUAACCGUCUGGUAAGCACAGUGCCCUUCUCCAGAGGUAGCCUACAGUUUGAAGCCAUUGCUUUUCCAAGUAAACGGUAGUGGGCAGAGGCAUUGCAGCCUAAUCUCCUUCUUGGACUUAGAGUGCCACCAUGUACAGCUCAGCACAGACGCUCCAGUGCAGUAAUUGCAGGAGAAAGACAGGCCUGCCUUGGCUGACCUGCAUGACUUGUCCGUUUUUAAAUGUAAGCGCGGCACCCAUUUGUACCUCUGCUGCUCAGUUCCAUGCAUGCGUCUUGACUUAUGCUUCUUGUGAAUUUUUUAGUUUUCCCUCUGGAUCAAGUUUUUUGUUUGUUUUUUAAUGAUGUUUUGUACUUCAGAUAAAGAAUAAUCACUAUAAUUAGUUUAUUUUUGUAUGAAUUAAGAAGACAGAAAUAUUGAUUGAUAUCCUUUAAUCCCUUCGCACUACUUGGUGUAGUCUGAUCACUGUUGUCUAUUAAGCUGUAGGUUUUGGACUGGUCUAUGGACUGAAGGAUUACUUGGACUGGUGAAAGUUAUUGUGACUUACUGUGUUAAAUUCACGUGGGCUGCGGGUUUGAAGAUGGCGUGCAUAUUAAUGUGCCAUUAAGAAAGGCUUUAUGCAUGUUGGAUGUCCAAAUAAGUAUUUUCAGGUAUGUGUCACUGUGGAAUCAUAAUGGUCAUUCGUUUUUGUAUUUGGGUUACUGUAACCGAUAUUGACUGGAAUGGAUUUGGGUGCUUCUGAGUUUAAGCUAGUUCAUUUGCGCUAAUUGUUUUAACUCCGGUGUGGAUCUGUGUGCAUCCGUUUGUUUGCCAUGGCUGUGUUUUCCAAAAAAUUGCACUGAGUAAAAGAUCAUUUUAUUAUUAAUAGCCCAUUGUACAUUGAGAAUGGGAAAGGCAUUAUCUGUUUGCUUCAGUUUGACUGAAGAAAUGCUCUUAACUGCGCAUUCACUGAGUAUCAGGUUUAUUGACUAGACAGGGUUACUGACUUGAAAUAUUUUAUGAAACAAUAUUUUCUCUCUUUGAUUGUGCGUAAGUUCUUUAUGCAGGAAACAAACGAAAUUGUUAAUUGAGUUGUGUUAGUGGGUAUCAUUGGAUGGAAUUACUGGGUAAUGUCAGCUCAGGGCAUUGGAGACAGUAUUUCAAAUAAACGGCAUUUCCAGCGUUUGUACUGUAUUUAGUCAAUGUGGCAUUCUUUGUUGAUAUUUUGGGAGGUAAAGUAUUUUUUCUUCUGUCUGUAGCACAUGGCUACGUGAAUACUUGAUUGACGAGAUACCAAUUGUGAGCCAUUUGAUCGUAAUAAGUUAGCAUUAAGAGUAUCAAUUGAGUCUCAUUUACUAGUAAGGCUACCAAUAAGCACUAUUGCAGACUGCAAUAAAGGUAAUUAGCUCUACUGGUGUUGUGAGGGUCACUUCCUCGUCCUUGUUGAAUACUUAGAUUUUCUUAUGUUUGUUUUGUGGACAGUUUUUAUAAUGGCUGUCACUUAUAAUAGCUGUUGUGAAAAUGUGUCAUGACAUGAGGAACAAGAGUAGCCUACUACUAGCCUAAUGUUUAGGUAUGGUUAAGAUGUAAAAUGCUCAAUAGGAGAAGCAACACGUGAUACCCCUAACCCCAUACCGCCAUUACUCUCUUGGCAUUAGAACAUCACGGCUCAGUUACGGUACAAAUGUAAUUGUUGCCACAGAUCGGCUCUUAUUUUAUAUAUAUAUAUAUAUAUAUAUAUACAUACAUACAUACAAAUAUACAAAUAUACAUACAUACAUACAGUUGAAGUUGGAAGUUUACAUACACUUAGCCAAAUACAUUUCAACUCGGUUUUUCACAAUUCCUGACAUUUAAUCCUAGUAAAGAUUCCCUGUCUUAAGUCAGUUAGGAUCACCACUUAAUUUUAAGAAUUUGAAAUGUCAGAAUAAUAGUAUAAAGUGAUUUAUUUCUGUCUUUCAUCACAUUCCCAUUGGGUCAGAAGUUUACAUACAUUCAAUUAGUAUUUGGUAGCAUUGCCUUUCAAUUGUUUAACUUGGGUCAAUCGUUUCGGGUAGCCUUCCACAAGCUUCCCACAAUAAAUUUGGGUGAAUUUUGGCCCAUUCCUCCUGGCAGAGCUGGUUUAACUGAGUCAGGUUUGUUGUAGGCCUCCUUGCUCGCACACACUUUUUCAGUUCUGUCCACGGAUUUUCUAUAGGAUUGAGGUCGGGGCUUUGUGAUGGCCACUCCAAUACCUUGAAUUUGUAUUCCUUACUCUGUUUUUCCACAACUUUGGAAGUAUGAUUAGAGUCAUUGUCCAUUUGGAAGACCCAUUUGUGACCAAGUUUUAACUUCCUGACUGAUGUCUUGAUGUUGCUUCAAUAUAGUCCCUCCUGCAGCAAAACACCCACAUAUGAUGCUGCCACCCCCGUGCUUCACGGUUGGGAUGGUGUUCUUCAGCUUGUAAGGCUCCCCCUUUUUCCUCCAAACAUAUCAAUGGUCAUUAUGGCCAAGCAGUUCUAUUUUUGUUUCAUCAGACCAGAGGACAUUUCACCAAAAAGUACGAUCUUUGUCUCCAUGUGCAGUUGCAAACCGUAUGUCGAUAUAGGACUCGUGGAUAUAGUUGCUUUUGUACCUGUUUCCUCCAGCAUUUUCACAAGGUCCUUUGCUGCUGUUCUGAGAUUGAUUUGCACUUUUCGCACCAGAAUACAUUAAUCUCUAGUUAAUCUCUAGGAGACAGAACGCCUCUCUUUCCUGAGUGGUUUGACAGCUGUGUGGUCCCAUGGUGUUUGUACAUGCAUACUAUUGUUUUUGCAGCUGGACGUGGUCUGAGGUCUUAGCUGAUUUGCUUUUGAUUUUCCCAUAAUGUCAAGCAAAGAGGCACUGAGUUUGAAGGUAGGCCUAGAAAUACAUCCACAGGUACACCUCCAAUUGACUCAAAUGAUGUCAAUUAGCCUAUCUGAAGCUUCUAAAGCCUUGACAACAUUUUCUGGAAUUUUCCAAGCUGUUUAAAGGCACAGUCAACUUAGUGUAUAAACUUCUGACUCCUGGAAUUGUGAUACAGUGAAAUGUCUGUAAACAAUUGUUGGAAAAUGUACUUGUCAUGUACAAAGUAGAUGUCCUAACCGACUUGCCAAAACUAUAGUUUGUUAACAAGAAAUUUGUGGACUGGUUGAAAAACAAGUUUAAAUGACUCCAACCUAAGUAUGUAAUCUUCUGACUUCAACUGUAUAUCUCUGCUGUCAGUUUAGACUAAAACAAUACUUGGAGACACCUGAACAAAAUAAAAUAAUACUUUCCUCCACACACUCCUGUCUUCACAACUCUUGUCUAAAGCCACAAAAUGUCAUUCAGAAGGACCUAAUUGCCUUUUUCAUAGCAGAGGAAAUUAGAUAAAGUACGUUUCCUGAAGUGACUGGCGGCUUGUCAGGCAGGAGAAUGCCCAGGGGAACUUAAAUAUAAUGUAUUCACAGGACUCACAACAGAAUGCACUUUUUAUUUUUGUGAAUUUCUUUUAUUUGUAUGUUUUGUUUUGAGGGACUCUUGAUAAAGAUUGGGAAAUUCUGGGUGAUUUAAAAGAAAAAGGAAUACAGCGGUUUUAAAGGUUCACAGUAUAGGUCUGUUUGCAUUUGUCAAACAGGAUAAAAUACAGUUUAGGUUAAUGAGUAAUAAAGAAUGAAUAAAAUAAUUGUAA